AUGUCGAAACCUGGUCGUACUAUUUUAGCAAGCAAAAUUGCUGAAACGUUUAAUACUGAGAUUGUCAAUAACGUGGUGGAAUACAAGAAAACACAUAAUGACGAGGGCCCACUGCUUGUAGGGUUCCUUGCCAAUAACGAUCCCGCAGCUAGAAUGUAUGCUACAUGGACGCAAAAGACCAGCGAAUCGAUGGGGUUCCGCUACGAUCUAAGGGUGAUCGAGGACAAGGAUUUCUUGGAAGAAGCUAUAAUACAAGCGAAUAGUGACGAUUCUGUCAACGGUAUCAUGGUGUAUUUCCCUGUUUUCGGUAAUGCUCAAGACCAAUAUUUGCAGCAGGUGGUCUGCAAGGAAAAGGACGUAGAGGGGCUAAAUCAUGUUUACUAUCAAAAUCUGUAUCACAACGUCAGAUAUCUGGACAAAGAAAACCGCUUAAAAUCCAUUCUGCCUUGCACCCCACUAGCCAUUGUCAAGAUAUUGGAAUUUUUAAAGAUUUACAACAAUUUGCUACCUGAGGGGAACAGGUUGUACGGGAAGAAAUGCAUAGUAAUAAAUAGAUCUGAAAUUGUCGGCAGACCAUUGGCGGCUCUUUUGGCUAACGAUGGUGCCACAGUGUACUCGGUGGACGUCAACAACAUUCAAAAAUUCACCCGUGGUGAACGUUUGAAACUAAACAAACAUCAUGUGGAGGACCUGGGAGAAUUUUCUCAAGAUCUAUUAAAGGAAUGCGCUCUUGACGCCGACGUUGUCAUCACAGGUGUCCCUAGCGAGAACUACAAAUUCCCCACCGAAUACAUCAAAGAUGGCGCCGUAUGCAUCAACUUCGCAUCCACCAAGAACUUUAGUGACGACGUCAAGGAAAAGGCUUCUCUUUACGUUCCCAUGACCGGUAAGGUCACCAUCGCUAUGUUGCUGAGAAACAUGUUGCGUUUGGUAAAAAACGUAGAGUUGUCAAACGAAAAAUAA